AGUAGCUGUAGUAGCAUUAGCAGUGCUGUCUUUCCAGUCCACCGACAAUCUUCAAUAAAGGAGACUUUUUCAACAAUAAAGUCAUUUUCUGAUGGUGGUGUAAGGGCCGGAAAAAUUACUAAUGCAAUUACUUAUAUGAUCGCAAAAGACAACCUGCCCUUGAACACAGUGGAAAAAGAUGGAUUUAAAUAUCUGAUGAAGGUAGUUGUUCCUUUAUAUCGUCCACCCAGUAGGCACAAAAUGUCCACUUUAAUUGAGGAGAAAUAUAACUUUUUAUCGGAAAUUAUUAGGUGCAGAAUUCAGUCAUUAGACUCUAUAACGCUAACAACAGAUGUAUGGACAGAGACCCAAACCACAACAAGUUUUUUAGGUGUAACUGGACAUUUCUUGCUAGAAAAUAAGUUAAAUUCUAUCACUAUAGGGGUCUACAAACUAGGAGAAAGGCAUACUUCAGAGUAUCUUGGACAAUGCCUUUCAAAUAUGUGUGCUGAUUGGAAAAUACCUCAUGAAAAAAUUACAGCUAUAGUGACGGAUAAUGGAGCAAAUGUUGUUAAAGCUAUAUCUGAUUUAUUUGGGAAAAAUAGACAUCUGCCAUGUUUUGCUCACACUUUAGAUUUGGUAGCUUCAAAAGUAAUAGAAGAAGAGGAUGUUAAAGUAAUUAUUAACAAAGUAAAAACCAUUGUUACGUAUUUUAAGCAAAGUGUUGUUGCAGCAGAUGAGCUUAGAACAAUACAGCCUGCCAACAACACUUUACGACUAAUUCAAUCUGUGCCAACUCGAUGGAAUUCCACCUAUUUGAUGUUGGAAAGAUUUCUUAGUUUAUGCGAGUAUAUUGUUCAAAUUUUAUUAAAAAAUUCCAAAGCUCCAACAAUGUUAGGGGCAUCUGACGUUGAUACAAUAAAGGAAUUGUUACAUAUUUUAGGCCCUAUAAAAACAGUUUCUGAAGAAGUUAGUGGUGAACAAUACGUAACAGCCAGUAAAAUAAUUCCCAUUAUAAACUGCCUUUUUAAAAAAAUUGAUAGUCUAUCCCCUUUGUCUAAGGAAGUUAUUGCUUUAAAAAAAUCAACAAGGGAUGAACUUUUGAAAAGAUUUGGAGCCAUUGAACAAAAUUUAAUUUUAGCAGUUUCGACAAUCUUGGAUCCACGAUUUAAAAAACUGCAUUUUAACAGUCCAGUGGUAUGCUCUAAAACAAUUUCGUUUAUAAAUCAGUCCAUCAAAAAUUUAAGAGAGCAAAAUACACAAGAGAAAGAAAAUAUAUUACAAGAAGAUCAAACACCUUCAACAUCAAAAUCUUCGGACUUAUGGUCUUACCAUAAAGAGCUUGCUGCAAAACAUUGUCACGAAAAUACUAGUGACAGCAUGGACCAAGCUUUUAAAUUAUAUUUGGUCAAUAAAACAAUACCAAUAUCAGAUGACCCAAUUAAAUAUUGGAGUAAAGAGCCAUCUAGUAAUUUAAAGGAACUUGCAUUAAAAUAUUUAUCAAUUGUUGGAACCUCUGUGCCAUCGGAGAGGCUGUUCUCAAAAGCUGGAAACAUUAUUAGUCCAAACCGAAAUAGGCUAUCUAGUGAAAAAUUGCAGCAGCUUUUAUUUUUAUCUUCAGUUAAAUAUGAAGACUGGAAUUUGGAAUAG